UCCCGGAAGUUUCUGUUUCCUCGUCUUUCUGCUCUGUAAAGGUUCUCGUGUCCCUUCAUUGGUCUCGUAACAAGUACGUGUUUUUUUGUCGUUAAUAAAUGACAUUACCAUCUUGGACAGAAGAGCUUGAACCAAGGACAGCGUUUUAACACGGCCUUCAAUCUGCCAUGGAACACCAGGCUGUGGAUGAUGACAUCUGCAUCCUGAAACAUGAGACAGCCUACACUGCUGUGGGAGAGAGCCCUGUAUCGGUGUGUGCUGGCGAUGAAUCUGUAGCUUCGCAUUUUGCUCUCGUCACAGCCUAUGAGGACAUCAAAAAGCGACUGAGAGAGACUGAGCGAGAUAAUACUUUCCUUAGGAAACGAGUGAAGCAACUGGAGGAUAAGCUCUUCCGGCCUGAGGCUUCGCACGGUCCUCAAUAUGUCAACAAGGCCUUCACCGCAUAUCGAGGAAUUUAUAUUGAAAAAGAGGACCUGCAGAUGGAGCUUGACAAACUGAAAAAGGAGAAGAGUGAGAGUGAGAGGCUGUUGACAGAGCAGCUUCAAAGUAAAGAGCUGGAGUUGCUUCAGCUUAGGACAGAGAUGGAGACCAGCCAAGUGAUGAAGAGCUUGAACAGUCCUCUGGACUACUGGCAGAUGGACUGUGUCAGUGCCGAGCGAAAAAUCCUUCAACUUCAGGAGGAGCUGGAAAGGAUGACACUGGAAAACAGCAAACAACUGGAAAUGAGUGGGGCAGAACUAUGUGACCUGAAUGGACCAAACGUGGAGGAGGUGUGUGAUGACAAGUUCAAUACCAGGGAGAGGAGCAUGCAACAGGCAUAUGAGACUUUGCAUUCUGAGAUCACUCGUCUCCAUUCAGAGGUGAGACACCAAAGAGGCCUGAUUCGGAAGCUGAGACCAUUGAUCAGUGAGGCAAGACGAGCAGUUCCAAUUCACUGUCUGCAAGAGACUGAGACAAACCACCAUGCCAUUCUUCGGACGCCAGAACCUCAACCACCCAGUGCCCCACCCCUGCCCUCUUGUUCUGGCCGUCCCUUCCCCCCCGUGGUUGGCCCGACUAGCACCUUGCUGCCGGACAUUUUGAGAGAGGACCGCUGGUAUAAUGGCCCAUGGCCAACACAGCAGUGCUCUAGAGAGGCUUUUGUCGGGAAUGAGACCGCUUCUGUUGUUUUGCCCCCACCGCCCCUUAAUCAGGCCUCCAUCGAUGACAGCUCAAGGUCCUUCCCCAGUCCCCCCAAACCAAGUGAAACCCUUUUCUGGGAGGGCCACACAGCUGCGUCAAAUUCAUCGUCCUUGAAUGGAAACUGCAGUCCGAGGAGCACUUCCAAUACAGAGUACAGCAAACCCUUUUGAGGAGAACAUCAGCACAAAGAAUAUGAAUUUGCAAGCCUGCCACAUUGCUAACGCCUUAUCUGCCUUAAAUUAAGAAGAACACUACUCCCCUGCGGGGUGGACAAAAUUGGACCUGAAAGUUACGGGAACCAGAUGAAGGCCAGAAGAGAGUUUUUAAGGUAAAGACUCAACAUUGCUUGCAUGCAGCACUGAUGACUAGGGAUGGGUCUCAUUCCAAAUUUGAGGAUAGUCCCACACUUUACAAAGCUCCUUUUCAAUCUGGUAUUCUAAUCUGUACUUUCUUUGUUUGGAAAAACACAAACAAGAGUAGAAUUAAUAGGGUUUUGUUUUUUAUUUUUUAAAUGAAUGUGUCAUGCAACUACAACAUUAAUUUAAAAUAAAAACAAUGAUUUGUAUGGAAAGAAA